AUGCAGAGCGAAGAAGAAGCUACAGAAGUAGCGAUUUGUCCAAGCUUCAAUAGCUACUCGUGUGAUGGACUCGCAGAGAUUGCGGCACGAGUAGAGACGGAGGUGUCCACAUCAAAUCAACAACCGCACGAUGAGGAGGAUACGUUUGAGUUCAGCACGGAUUUUGAUUCUUCGUCUUCGAUAAUGGCUAGCCAGAUCCGGCCGGUCUUUCCGGUCUUCAACCGGGAUCUCAUGCUAGGCGAUCAUUGCUUUAACGAUGAUGAUGAACUUCAUCGUAAUCGGAAUAGGGAUCUUGAUCGGGAAACAGAUUUUAGGGCCGUUGAUGUAGAAGAUGAUGACGUGGCAAGGGCUCGGCUGUCGUUGAAGAAUCUGUUUGUCGAUGAACCGGACCAUCAGUCAUCGUGCUCGUCAUCGGAGGCGGACGAGCUGGAGAAGAUUCCGACGGGGACGUACUGCCUCUGGACACCGAAAUCGCCAUCACCGUCUCCUUCGCCUGGGAGAUGCAAGAAGAGCAACUCGACAGGUUCGUGUUCAAAACGGUGGCGUUUUCGAGACCUGCUUAAAAGGAGCAGCAGCGACGGCAAGGCAAACUCCUUAAUAUUCGUAAAUCCGAAGGGAGAAGAGAUAACGAGAGUCAAAGCCGCCGCCGCGGCAGCAGGCGGCGCAGGAAAACUAAAAUUGAAGGAAGAGAUGACGGCUUCGGCUCAUAAACCGUUUCAUGUGAAAAAUAAAGCUGGAAAGGAAGGUGAUAAACUACGGUCUUAUUUGCCGUACAGGCCGGACCUGCUUGGCUUCUUCUCCAACAAAACUUUUCCUCCAUUUUGA